AUGUCUAUGAACUUCUCCGGGCUGCAAAUUGAGGCCCUGACGCUCAAAGAGAGGCACUUCCAAGCGUACCAGAGGCUCUCCUUGUCAAAUGCUUCUUCUUGGAUUCGCUACGCGAAUGACGGAAGGAAGACCUGGGUAGCAGCACGAGCGUUGCAACAGGAAAUCGACGAGUUGAAGGGAAAGCUCAAGAUGGCCAUCCUCCAAGCGAAGAAGGAUCGAGUUCGAGCCGCCAGAGCCCCCAAUGGCCAAGACGGGGAUGAGGUUUCGUCGGCGAACAGCUCGGGGCCCCCCGACUCAAUCGUUUGA